CCAAAGAUUUCCUCCCUUGCAGACUAUGGGAGUUGUCUAUUGCAGUACUGUAGUGCCCUCUGAUGAUGUUACAGUGAUUUACCAGAAUGGGCUACCGGUGAUAUCUUUGAGUCUUCCUUCUCGGCGCGAACGCUGUCAGUUUACACUUAAACCUCUCUCAGACUCGGUUGGAGUAUUCUUACAACAACUCCAGGCAGAAGACCGGGGGAUCGACCGAGUUGCAAUUUAUUCACCAGAUGGGACACGAGUAGCAGCUUCCACAAGCAUAGAUCUCCUACUUCUUGAUGAUUUCAAAUUAGUAAUUAAUGACUUGAGUUACCACGUCCGUCCACCAAAGAGAGAUCUCUUAAGCCACGAAGAUGCCACCACAUUGAAUGAUGUGAAGACCCUGGUUCAGCAGCUCUAUACCACACUGUGUAUUGAAGAACACCAGCUGAAUAAGGAGAAGGAAUUGAUUGGGAGGUUAGAAGACCUCAAACAGCAAUUGGCACCCCUGGAAAAAGUCAGGAUGGAAAUUUGCAGAAAAGCAGAUAAGAGGACAACCUGGCUACUGUGGGGCGGGCUGGCUUACAUGGCAACUCAGUUUGGAAUAUUGGCUCGGCUCACCUGGUGGGAAUAUUCUUGGGACAUUAUGGAGCCAGUCACCUACUUCAUCACAUAUGGCAGUGCCAUGGCAAUGUAUGCAUACUUCGUAGUAACACGUCAGGAAUAUAUAUACCCAGAUGCUAGAGAUAGGCAGUACUUACUGUUUUUCCAUAAAGGAGCCAAAAAGACACGUUUUGAUCUAGAAAAAUACAAUCAACUCAAGGAUGCUAUUGUUCAGGCAGAAUUGGACCUUAAGAGACUUCGGGAUCCCUUACAGGUACAUCUACCUGUCCAACAAAUCAAUGAUAAAGACUGAUAAUCAGAGGAACCUCUGUAUCUUGACAGAAAUGGCAGAUCUUUUCAAGCUCUUGCCUCUUUCAUUAGAAAGCAUUUCAGGUGGAAGCUGGGAGAUCUUCUUGGGGUGGAGGGUUUUUAAAUCAUUAAAACAGAAACCUUGACUGGGGAAGGGGGUAAUGUGUUCAGUGAAAAUAAUAAUAAUAAUCAGGCACUGUGGAAUGUUAAGUCUUUUCAAAGGGCUUAAAGAUUGUCUCAUUCAAACGUUUUUUCUUUUGGAUGAAAAUAUAUAUUAUAAAGGUGGGCAUUUCAUGAAGAAAUUUUAUCGGGGACAUAUUUUUCCAGCUUUGCAGUGUCUGCCCCUUGAAGAAGCACCAGCAGCCUGCUCAGCAUUUUUUUUUAAAUCUCUUUCAAACAAUUGCACAAUAAUAGUGCACUAAACAAAAGAAGGAAACAAUCAAGCCAUUUUAAGACACCAUGACUGGUGAUCUAGAUUGAAAUAAUGUCUCCAUUAAUCUGCAAUCCAAGAUUGGAUCUAGUGUGUCUUGUUUUGUUUUGUUUUGUAAUAGCAAUGCAAAAUUUCUUCUCACUCCA